UCUCGCUUCGACUUGAUUCUGAAUCUCUGAUAGUAUUAUACUCCUCCCCCAGCGGCGGCGAUUUAUCACUUUGCAUCUCUCUCCCACUAGCAACCAGUCAUUGUAGAGAGAGAAAGUCAGAUUAGGCAACCAUCGACCAUGGCCGCCGUUCAAUCAUUUUUUCAACAAUGUCCAUCUGCUUCCGUUAAUUCUCUCUCCAUCUUCCACCCCAAUUCUUCAUAUUCUUCUCCUUCUGUUCACAUAUCUGUGAAAUUCUCCGUUUCUUGUUGCUCUCUGGCGUCUCCUGUAACAGUGGUGAAUGUAAACGUAGACAAAAAGGUCCCUGAAAGGAACGAGAUCCGUCUCGGUUUGCCAAGUAAAGGUCGAAUGGCAACAGAUACUCUGGAUCUCCUAAAGGAUUGUCAAUUAUCUGUCAGGCAGGUGAAUCCUCGGCAAUACGUUGCAGAAAUACCUCAGCUCUCAAACUUUGAAGUUUGGUUUCAGCGACCAAAAGACAUUGUGAGAAAACUGAUAUCUGGAGAUUUAGACCUUGGUAUUGUGGGUCUUGAUAUUGUUAGUGAAUACGGACAGGGGAAUGAAGAUCUAAUCCUUGUUCAUGAUGCACUUGAGUAUGGAGAUUGCCGUCUAUCCCUGGCAAUACCCAAAUAUGGGAUUUUUGAGAAUAUAAAUUCUCUGAUGGAACUAGCACAAAUGCCUCAAUGGACAACUGAGAAGCCUCUCAGAAUUGCCACUGGUUUCACUUACUUGGGUCCGAAAUUUAUGAGAGAAAAUGGUCUGAAGAACGUUACUUUUUCAACUGCUGAUGGAGCAUUGGAGGCAGCUCCUGCGAUGGGUAUUGCUGAUGCUAUUGUGGACCUUGUGAGUAGUGGAACCACAUUGAAAGAGAACAAUUUGAAAGAAAUUGAAGGAGGAGUUAUCUUGGAAAGUCAGGCUGUCCUUGUUGCUAGCAAGAAAUCACUGAUCCAGCGGGAAGGUGUACUGGACAUAACACAUGAAAUUCUUGAAAGAUUGGAAGCACAUUUGAGGGCAGUUGGUCAGUUCACGGUUACUGCAAACAUGAGGGGAAGCAGUGCAGAGGAAGUGGCUGAGAGAAUACUAAGCCAAGCAUCAUUAUCUGGGUUGCAGGGGCCCACUAUAAGUCCUGUUUUUUGCAAACGUAAUGGGAAGGUAGCAGCAGAUUAUUAUGCCAUUGUCAUAUGUGUACCUAAAAAGGCACUCUAUAAAUCUGUUCAACAGCUGAGAGCGAUUGGAGGCAGUGGUGUUCUGGUUUCUCCUCUGACCUACAUUUUCGAUGAAGAAACUCCAAGAUGGCGGGAGCUUCUCUCUAAGCUGGGGCUUUAGACAUUUUUCCGUGCAUGCCUCAGAUGGUUUUUUACUUCUUGAAGAAGUGUUGAGGAAUUUCUCAAGUACAUUUAGUGGAAGGAUUCAAAAGUGGAAUUGAGAAACAAUCCUUUAGUUAGAGCUCAUCAAGCUAGAGCUUUUUUUUUGUAUUUAUAUUGAUGUUUGAGUCUGUAGCCAAGUAUUAUUUAUUGUUGUCCAAAAUUUUGAACUGUGAGUUUUCCUCCCUCUCCCUCUCAGUUGUAUCUUUUAAUCUUAAUGUGAUCAUUGGCAUUUGAUGCCAAAUGCAGUGUCACACAUUGUAUUGUGUUUUAUUGGAUUUAAUAAUAAUUAUUAAAUUUCCCAGCA